AUGGAGACCAACGACCCCGACGACUACCUCACCCUGUACACCACCCUCUUCGUCGGCCUCGUGCGCCACACGCUUCGGCUCCUCGACCUGCCGCACCUCAAGAUCGGUACCAGUUUACUGAUGAUGAAGCGUGAGCCAGGCUCGAAGGAUCCAACGCAUGCCAAGAACGCGGUGUCGGGCUUCCACAACAAGGCCCUGGGCAUGGACGUACUGCCCCAGGACGACCCUGACGGUCUGGGGCAGGACAUCAUCUACGAGACCAUCCAGCAGUACCCCAAGUGCACGAUCAUCACCGGAGCCCCGCUUACCAACGUGGGCAACGCCAUCCGAAAAUAUCCGGACCUGGUGAUCGAGCGAUGGGUCGCCCAGGGCGGAUUCGCCGGCGACAACAUUGUACCACCAGAGUACCGUCUCAAGAAGUUCGAGGGCAAGAUCUACUGCCCCACCUUCAACUUUGGCGGUGACUCCAAGGCCGCCACCGAGCUGCUGACGAAUCCGCGGGUCAAGCAGCGCGUGCUGGUGUCGAAGAACGUGUGCCACGGGGUGCUGUACAACCGCCACUUCCACGAGCGCCUGGCGCCCUACCGCAGGGACACGAAGGGGCUGGCGGCCAUCUACGACGCCAUGGACAAGUACCUACGCGGCCGCGGCGAGAAGGCCCUGCACGACCCGCUCGCCGCCUGCGUGGCCAUUGACCCCUCCAUCGGCCUCUUUGCUCAGGUGGAGAUGCAGCUGAGCAGGGAGCGCGGACACAGCGGGUGGGGCGCCAUGCCAUCGACCACCUCCACGACCUUCAUCUCCGUCCACGUCGACCGCCAACGCUUCGAGGAGGUCUUCCGCAUGAGCGAGAAGCGUUCAUCGUCGUCUGCUUCCGCCGACGACGAGGCACCGGUGGCGAGCGAGACCGGUGCUGGCCAGGCCCACGACGACAAUGAGGAAGAAGGGGAGGCCGAGGCGACACCACCCAGAAGCGCAAAGAGGCCAAGGAAGGAUCGUAACAAGCGGAUCACGCCGGGCGGCACGGAGUGA